AUGCUGGCGGCAAAGGACGAUGCGGGUAUCAUACCUUCUCCAAAAGCCGUUAUUGCUUCCUUUUCAGAAUCAGAUUGCGUACUCGCCUCCAAGCAGGCCGGCCCACUCCUAUUCAAUGCGCUAAUUGACCGGAACAUGGCUGGGCGGCGAUUAUUCCUCCUGGACACUGGAGAGAUUGGCAUCGGCAGUGAUGAGGUACAGCCGGGCGAUACGCUAUGCAUGCUCGCGGACGGCGGGAGGACGCCGUUCGUGCUCAGACAGGCUUCUCUACCCGAGUAUUCGGGCGGCACUUUUACAUUGGUGGGCGAAGCGUACGUGCGUGGAAUCAUGUACGGCGAGGCCAUUCGUCGCAUGGAGAAGAAUGGCGGAUCUUGGGAAGAAGCUCGCAUAGUAUGA